GCCAGAGCCGAGCCGCUCCUCCGACGGGUCUUCGCUCCUCGCUCCCCCCCCCCCCUCGCCCCGCCAGACUGGUCGGAGCUCCUUGCACAGGCGGCGCGAGGCUGCUGCAGAGCGCUUAUGGGCAGCGGCGGGAACAGCGGCAGGAGCCCUGGCACAGCUCACUCACUCCAGUUGCGGCGCUGGAAUAAAUAAACCCCGAGAUAGGAGGGAGCCGCCUCGGCUGUUUGCAGGAAACGGAAAUUACACAACUCAUCUAGCAGUGAUUCCACAACUGAGGCUUAACUAUGUAGCAGCUUAUAAAAAUAGCUACUACUUAGAGCAUGAGGACCAUUAUGGAAUAAUAAACAAGGAUGACCUGGAAACUUGUUUUAUCCUUGUUUCUUGUGUCCUCUUUGGUUCAAGUGUCGGAUACCAGGAAAAACCGUCCAGCAGGAGCCAUUCCUUCACCUUACAAAGAUGGCAGAAGCAACAACUCCGAGCGGCAGCAGCAUCUAAACAAAGAGGUGCUAGCUUCAAGCCAGGAGGCUUUGGUCGUCACAGAGAGGAAGUACCUCAAAAGUGACUGGUGCAAAACACAACCACUGCGGCAGACCGUCAGUGAGGAGGGCUGUAUAAGCCGCACUAUCAUCAACCGAUUCUGUUAUGGCCAGUGCAACUCAUUUUACAUCCCCCGGCAUGUGAAAAAGGAGGAGGAAUCUUUUCAGUCCUGUGCCUUCUGCAAGCCUCAGAAGGUUACUUCCUUCACUGUAGAGCUGGACUGUCCUGAACUGGACCCCCCGUUCCGACUUAAGAAAAUCCAGAAAGUCAAGCAGUGUCGGUGUAUGUCUGUGAACCUCAGCAGUGGAGGCAAACAGCAGAAGUGAGGGUUGGCAGCUGACACGGCUGGAGGUGUCAUGACCUCACUUUUCUAAUGGACUGAUCAUUUUUCUUCUGCCGUGAGUUGUUUCUUGUGCUAUGUAGCCUUUUGAACCUUUAUCUACUGGAAAUAAAGGCUACUGUAGACUGGUCAAAGUACUCCUUGUUUUUUACCAAAGCAACUGUUUUUUACCAUUGGGUCUACGUCAUUAAGGGUGAAUGCAGCAUCAGAUUCAGGAAUGACUAAUUAGGUAGCCAGUGGUUGAAUCCAACACUUAACAUUUCCACUGUGUGGAAAAACUUUUGGCCUACAUUCCUUCCCUGGUUUUUCGAUGAAGAGAAGGCCCAGUGAAGUCUUCAAAAUUCCUCCUCAGUUUUGGAACUCCGCUUCAGCUUAGUCUACCCCUCCCAAUGCUGUCUUCCUUGGGCUGUAAGGCUGACAUGGCUACUGCAAGCAGUGGCUAAAGGAAAGUGAUGAUUUUCUAGUUGUCCAGACUGAAAGAAAAAGGGCUAUGGACUUUAUAAUCCAUGGAGAUAACUAAUCUGUCACUUUCUCAUGAGGAGACAGAAGAUUGACUUAUAUACAUUUUCAGCUAGAUUGCCUCAAGCACACAUUAACAGACAUCAUCCAUUUGUAAUGCAGCUACAGCAAACUUGUUAAAUUUGUUAAUAUUGACAUAACCAUGUAUAUUUUGUGAUGUGCUGAAAUAUUUGAAAAUUUAGGAUAACGCUUCUGAACCACUGGCCCAGAUCAUGCCUUGAAAGUGACAGGAUGUUGAUAGGAUGUGUUUCUUUUAGCAGAUUUUCCCCCCUACUAAUUUAAGUCUUUGUCUCACCCAGUAACUAUUUGGCAUUCAGUCAACCAAUGUUGCAUCGUUACUUGUUGGAGGAAAACUAUAUUGUGUUUAACUUAUUAAAACACAAGGUGAACAAUAUUGUAUUUUGUUGUUGAAUACACACACACACACAAACACAAGCAAACAAUGCCAUAAAUCAUUCUCAAAUCCUCUUGUAGGCACAACUUGUUUCAUUCACUGAACUUUUUUCAUGCUUAGAAAAAGCUUUAGGCCAUACUAGUUCAGUAUUUUAAGAUGGCUAUUUCAAGUUCUUUGGCAGAGUUGUGAUGGUACUGUGAGAGUUCAUGACUCUUUGCACAUAAACUAGCCUGAUUGUUCCCAUUUUCACCCCACCCUUGAUUGAGGCAUCAUGCUACUACUCAUUGUUUAGUUGUGACUUGGAAUAAUAGUUGCAAAGGCUGCCCUGUGAAUUAUGUUUUUCAUAUUGUAAGUAAUCUUUGUGCAGAAGGCAGUGUGGAUAUAAUAUUUUGUUUACCAAGAGCCUCCUGGAAUUAUGUUUUAAGGAAAAUAUUAAAUAACUGAUCAGAGUAGGGAAUAAUCAAUGUAUGCUCUAUUCAUUUUCAGUAUUACUGAAUAUGCCCUCUUUCCUGUCUGGUCUAAGAUAUGAGAAGUGACUCCAUCAUCCUGCAUGAUAAUAUACUUAGCAUGAUUCCUCUGAAGUGGGUUGAGUCCCACUGCCAUUCAUGAUUGCUGCUCAGAACUUGGUAUUUACAGUGCUUCCAGCUGAAGAAAUUUAGUUUCCUGUGAAACCUCUUACUGCCAGUUUCCUCAGAAACGAGCACCAAAAGGGUUAAAGAAAUAGUUUCUUUGGAGCUCAGGUUUGAUGCCAAUUCAAAGGUUCAGUGACACAGUUCACUAUUAUGUGAGACAGGCUGCUUUAAGAAGCUUUGGAGGACUGAUCUCUGCUAGGGCUCACCAAUCGGUUUAUGGGGAUUGGCACGGGGAGGAGGGAUUGGGUAGCUAUGUUAGUCCUAUAUUUUUCUCCCUGAGUGUUACACAAUAGCUGAGCUUCACUUGGGGACGCAUGAGAGAGAAGGCGAGACCUGAUUUUGAGAGGCUUCCACUGCCAUAUAUUAUUCUGCUGCUUGUGCUGCGACUUCCCAAAGCUGCUUGGCCAAGAUGGAAGGAUUGAAAUGGCUGUCCCAUCCAGACUUGUGGCUCAGGUCUGCUGCCUCAGUCAGAUGGAGAUAGAGUUAACAUCAGUUCCCACUUCAGAAUUUAGCAGAUUUGCAAAACAACUGUGUGAGGAAAAAUGUGCAGACAGGGCUUCUUACCAAUCUGUGAUAAGUGAAAUAUGCUGCAAUAGGGAAAACUCUCCUUGGCGCUACAUUCAAAGAGUUGAGUUGACAUUGUAAUGGUUCAUACUAUUUAAUGUUUGUUUUAUAAAUGAAAACAAAAUUGAAGAAAUCUUAUAACUAUAAUUAUUUUAUAGGUGUAUUAUUGUUAAAUUAUAGAAUAAAAUAAAGAUACUCUA